CGUCGGUGCGUCGCGCGCUGCCGCUGCAGUUUGCAUUGCGCUCGCGCUCAGAGGAGGAACAGGAGAGAGGGAGAGGAUCUGCCCUUCAUCUUCUUUCUCUUCUUCUUCUUCAUUGCGGACACUUUAAUCUUUUUCUUCUUUCACAUCGGAUCAUUUGUUUCUUCUUGUGUUUUUUUUUCCUGCUUAUCUUUACGGACUCACGCGCGUUAACAGGAGAAAGAGACGGAGCUAAAAACACACACAGAGAGAGAGAGAGAGAGAGAGAGAGAGAGAGAGAGAGAGAGUGUGUGUGUAAGUGUGUGAGUGAGUGUGUAAACGGAUCGGUGUGUAUCUGGAGUCUGCACCGGUGGGAUGUCGGUGGUGGUCUUGGCGCUCGUGACUCGUUAAUGGGACCGGAACUUGAUCAGUCUUCAUCAUCCUCAUCAUCAUCAUCAUCAUCACCGUCCACGCGCACAAGGAACAAACUGAGACUCGGCGCCUGGGAUGAACCUCAGCGUGGGCGGACGUAUUAAGUGAACCUCCACUUACCGUCACUUCGUCUGCUUCAAAUCCACCCUAUUUCCUUCCUUAGAACCACUUCGGGACGUAAAAAAAGACUCCGAGCAGGACGUCGGCGAGAGCAGACAGGAUGUGGGACGGUUUAAGAGUUCAGGUGUUCUUCUUGUGUUUAAUAGCGAUGUUAUGGAUUACGGCAGCGUCUCGAGGCCCUCAGGAACACGGACAUCGCCGCCGUCUUGCUUCUUACAGACACAGAGAGAGACGGAAGGAUGGUCACGUGCUCCAUCGCUCCAAACGAGGAUGGGUUUGGAAUCAGUUCUUCGUCAUUGAGGAGUACACGGGACCGGAUCCCGUCCUCGUAGGCAGGCUUCACUCCGACGUGGACUCGGGGGACGGCAACAUCAAAUACAUCCUCUCAGGUGAAGGAGCAGGAACUAUCUUCGUCAUCGAUGAUAAAACAGGCAACAUCCAUGCAACGAAGACGUUGGACCGUGAAGAACAAGCUGAGUACACGCUCACCGCGCAGGCCGUGGCCCGAGACACCAACAAACCUCUGGAGCCUCCGUCUGAAUUCAUCGUCAAGGUCCAGGACAUCAACGACAACCCGCCAGAGUUCCUGCAUGGACCCUACUACGCUCGUGUGGCUGAGAUGUCCAACGUCGGUACGUCAGUGAUUCAGGUCACGGCUACAGACGCAGACGAUCCGACGUACGGGAACAGCGCUCGGCUGGUCUACAGCAUCCUGCAGGGACAACCGUACUUCUCUGUGGAACCUCACACAGGGAUUAUACGCACCGCACUGCCCAACAUGGACCGAGAGGCUAAGCAGGAGUAUGACGUGGUGAUUCAGGCGAAGGACAUGGGGGGACACAUGGGUGGACUCUCGGGGACGACGCAGGUGAAGAUCACGCUAACGGACGUCAACGACAAUCCACCGAAAUUCGCACAAGGUGUUUAUUCGAUGUCAGUGAUGGAGGAUAAAGUGCCGGGAGAAGAAGUGGGCCGUCUGAAGGCCAAAGAUUCAGACCUGGGCGAGAACGGCCUGGUGGAGUACACACUGCUCGAUGGGGACGGAAUAAACUCGUUUGAGAUCAGCAAAGACUCAGAGACUCAGGAGGCUGUCAUCAAACUGAAGAAGCACGUGGACUUUGAGACGAAGCGGUCGUACACGCUGAAGGUGGAGGCGACUAACCCACACGUGGACCCUCGCUUCAUCAGCUGGGGGCCGUAUAAAGACACGACGCUGGUGAAAAUCUCUGUGGAGGAUGCAGACGAGCCGCCGACCUUCAUGGCUCCUGGUUACAGCUUUGAGGUGGAGGAGAACGCGCCGGGGGGAACCGUGGUGGGGCGCGUACAUGCCAAGGACACGGAUAUCGCUAACAACCCCAUCAGAUAUUUAAUCCCUCGCUACACAGAUCUGGAGGAGUUUUUCUCCAUUAACCCUGACGAUGGCAUCAUUAAAACCACGAGGCCUCUGGACCGGGAGACUCAGGCUUGGCACAACAUCUCCGUGAGCGCUACAGAGAAGGGUGGACAUCACCAGGACACUAAAGUCCGAGUGAACAUUAAAGUAAAGGAUGUGAAUGACAACGCUCCAGAGUUCGCCACACAGGACGAAGUGCUGAUGUGUGAAAACGUGGCUCCUGGAACGGCCAUAAAGACGGUGAGCGCGGUGGAUAAAGACGAGAUGGCGCACCGGCAGCAUUUCCACUUCAGUCUCUCUCCUAAAGUCGCCAAUAACCACAACUUCUCUCUGAAGGACAACAGAGACAGUACGGCUACGGUGGUGGUGAUCCGGAGAGGUUUCAGCAGGAUGACCCAAGACGUUUACGCUCUGCCCAUCGAGAUCAGCGAUAACGGCGUCCCUCCUCUCAGCAGCACCAACACACUCCUGAUCCGAGUGUGCAGCUGUGACGCCAAACACACCAUCCUGUCCUGUAACGUGGAGCCGUUGUUCCUGCCAGCAGGCCUCAGCACCGGAGCGCUCAUCGCCAUCCUCGCCUGCAUCGUCAUCCUGCUCGCGAUUGUGGUGCUCUUCGUGGCUCUGCGCCGGCAGAAGAAGGAGCCUUUGAUCGUGUUUGAGGAGGAGGACAUUCGCGAGAACAUCAUCACAUAUGAUGACGAGGGCGGCGGUGAGGAGGACACGGAGGCGUUCGACAUCGCCACUCUGCAGAACCCCGACGGCAUCAACGGCUUCCUGCCUCGCAAAGACAUCAAACCCGAGCUGAGCUACAGCGUCCGCGCCGGACUCAGACCCGCCGGCAACGGCGUCGAUGUGGACGAGUUCAUCAAGACGCGAGUGUGCGAUGCCGACAACGACCCGACGGCCCCCCCGUACGACUCCAUCCAGGUGUACGGCUACGAGGGGCGGGGCUCCAUCGCCGGCUCUCUGAGCUCGCUGGAAACGGUGACCACAGAUUCAGACCUGGACUACGACUACCUCCAGAACUGGGGGCCGCGUUUCAAAAAACUGGCCGAUCUGUACGGCACCAAAGACUUGGCACCCGAAGACAACUCUUAACGACAGAUCACAUUCGUCUUUGCAAAAAAAAUAACCCCGCCCACACAAAACCCCUCCCCUCCCCCUCCCCUCUUCCAUCACUUCCACUAACGACGUGUGCUGUGUGACGUUUACUAUAAGCAAUUCCACGACUUUCAUCUAUUUAGGUUGUUUUUUGUUCCUGUAUACGGCGAGUAUACCGUUAGGAAUCUUUUAUGUAGGCGUGAUCGGAACAGAUGGAGCAGAUUUUAAAAAAAUGUAGAAAAAAAUUAGAAAAUGAAUUCAAACACAUAUAUAUAAAAAACAACAACUACAAAAAACACAAAAAAGAAACACCUUCGUUACGGGACGUACGGAAAGUCAAAGCAGCGUAUGAGGGACGCGACGGAGUCGAUGCUGAUGGCUGAUACUGUGAACGAGCUCACGCCGGAGAGAGAAAAUAAACAGUUGCCUUAUUCACAAAACACACAGAAAUACGUCAGCGAUCUGAGAGGUGUCCCUCAUCAACAGCGCCUCCAUCAGGACAUCGGAGGACCGGCCCAAAACUCCGCUUAUUUUAUAUUAUUAUUAUUAUUAUUAUUAUUAUUAUUAUUAUUAUUAUUAUUAUUAUUAUUAUUAUUGUUUUUUAUUAUUAUUUUUUAUUUUAUUUUAUUUUUACUUUCAUCUGUAUUAUCUCUCUUACACAGAAAUAAGAAAAACAUGAACAAUAUUAAUAAAAAAAAUCUCCCUGAUGAACAGUUAAGCAGAAAGACACGUGAGCUCGGAAAAACCGCCUUAAAUCAUGGACACUCUCGCAGCGCAGUGCAUUUCUUUUAUAAAACCCAAAACUAUAUCCUAAAACCAACUAAACCCAUAUAACCUGUGUACAGUACCAGUGUGCAGAUAUGUCUCGAGGAUCAAACUCACGCCUACCUGUUUCACUUACGUCUUUUUAUUACGGUUAUUAUUUUAUUAUGAUAUAAUUAUUAUGACUAUCAUUAUUUUCAACGUCUUCAUUUUUUUUUCCUUUUCUUUAAUAUUUUUGGCGUAUUUUAUUCUCCCUUGUGAGAAAAAUAGCAAUCUGUCCUGUCGCAGUGAAAGAACGGCUAAUUUCUAUGUCGAUUUUAUGGUAACUAUUUGUACAAUUUUAAAAGUUCUUAUUUUAGUAUACAUACAAAUAUCAGUAUUUCGACAUGUAAGAAACUGUUACAGCAUCACACUUAUAUUUUAUGAACAUUGUACUGUUGCUUUAUUAUGUGCUUCAAUCUACGAAGCAGAAAAACUUUGAAAUA